AAGAUGAUUUUUUUUAAUUUUUUUUUUUUGGUCUGGUUCAUAUUCCUCGAACGUUUCGCGUGUGAGGAGCUCGCAAUGAAUGUGACUUAUGCAAACUUGUACGUCUGCUCGUUUGGAUGAUGUUUAUUUCCGCCCCAGUCAGCUAAGCAAGAUGUAAACAGUUCACAAGCGGACUAUCAUGACCUAUUACAGGACAUGACUGCCAGCCAUUCAGCCAAGCAAGAUAUGAACAAUUCGCAAGUGGAUUAUGAUCCAAUAGGGAACAUGUCUGUAGACUCUGUACUGUUAUCACCGAUGCCGCCAAAUUGGGAGGCGAUGAACUUCUCAUUCAACUUGUGGAAGACUGCACAAGCGGAGCAAUGGGGAGUGUGCACGCAAAGACCAAGUAAUCACGCGGCUUCCCCUUCUGAGAAUGAAACAAAUGGUUAUCUGAUGAUAGCUGUUGCUGGCGGCCUCAACCAGAUGAGACUAGGGGUUUGCGAUGCAGUUGUUGUGGCACGUUUGCUAAAUGCCACUCUCCUGCUUCCUCAGUUCGACAACGAGUCCUGGUGGGGGGACCAGAGCAAGUUUGAAGACGUGUUUGAUGUGAACAAAUUCAUCACCACUUUGGCGCCCGAUGUCCGAGUGCUACCAGAGCUGCCCAAGUCGUUGAAGGACAUGCCGCACUUCACAAAGACUGUGCCUCGCCAUUCCACAUUGAAGUUCUACCUAAUGGAAAUGCUGCCUCUGUUGAAAAGAAGCGACAUGACGAUGGGAUAUGAUGAUGGGAUUGGGAGAAGAGGAAGAGGUGGGGAGAUCAAAGAACUUCAUGAGGGGAAUUGCGACAGUACGGGUGGAGGGGGAGAAGGGGGUGUCAGAGGGGGAGGAAGAGGAGGGGGAGGAGGAGGAAGAGGAGGGGGAGGGCGCGACGAGGACGAGGAAGAGGAACACCAGGACGACGAGGAUCAGGUGGCCUACGCUGCUAUUACUUGCUAAGCAUGCCCGGCAAAGGGGGGGGCGGAGAGGGAAGGCGGGAAGCAUUGGGGAUAGAGAACUGUAGGUUGAACAUGUACGGCGGGAGAAGGCAACAAAUACAUACAUACAAU